CACUUCCGUUCUGUUUCUGCCGCCACUACUCAAGGCGCGUGAGUGUGAAUUCGAGUGUCUGCCAGUUUGUUUGUACGAGGACAGCAGCGUUCUGAACAAUAUUAAAGAUCGCUGACCUUGAGGAUUUCAAAACAGCCAUAUUUGGCCAAGGUGAAACCGGUGGUUGAACAGGAGCUGGUAAAAAUGCAGAAGAACGAAAGUGGUGGUGAGUCAGGGGCUGAGGACAUCCAAAAGAAAAGAAAAAGAGACACGGAAAAUGACACUACAAGUGAGAGUGAAAAUGAAGUUGCGUCCAAGCGGAUAAAGAGCAGCGAAAACGAGAAGAACGAAAGUGGUGGUGAGUCAGGGGCUGAGGACAUCCAAAGCAAAAGAAAAAGAGACACGGAAAAUGACACUACAAGUGAGAGUGAAAAUGAAGUUGCGUCCAAGUGGAUAAAGAGCAGCGAAAACAAGAAGAACGAAAGUGGUGGUGAGUCAGGGGCUGAGGACAUCCAAAACAAAAGAAAAAGAGACACGGAAAAUGACACUACGAGUGAGAGUGAAAAUGAAGUUGCGUCCAAGCGGAUAAAGAGCAGCGGAAAAAAGAAGUCGACCAAAAAAGACAAAGACGAUGCCGCAAAAAAACAGAAGGAAAACGACAAAGCGGUGGUAAGGCUGAAGCGCUACAUUUCUCUCUGUGGCGAGAGACGCAAUUACAAGAAGCUCCUCGGUGAAUGUCGCUCUGUUCGCGCCAUGGUGGAUGUACUAAAGAAGGAGCUGGAAGAUAUUGGUAUUCACGGUCAGCCAUCCUUGGAAAAAUGUAAAAAGGUACGCCUGAAGAAAGAAGAAGCUCGGGAGCUUGCUGAACUGGAUGUCAGCAACAUAAUUGAUUGUCAAGGCCGACCUAAACGAAGAGGAGCCCUUGCACAACAGCAGCAACGCAAAUCCCCGCUCGAUGCAGUCCGGCGGCUGGUAAGCUCUGACAGCGACGAAGAAAACGUCCAGCGAGGUAGAAGGGCAACAAACUGGGACAACCUAAAGGGAAUCAUCAGUGAUGAUGCUGACAGCAACUGAGGCAUGGUUCUUAAUGCAAAUGUUCUGAAAAAGACAAUCCUUUGACUUUUUUUUUUCUUUUCUUCAAAUUGUAUUCAUGUUAUAUAUUACAGCAGGGAGGGACCACAUGACUAGCCUGCAGGAUAGUUCGGCAUCAUAUGACAUUGUAAUUUAAUAAAGUUAUCGUUUGAAAAUGCCAAUAUUUGCAAAAACGUUUUAGAAUUAAAGUUUUACGUAUU